GGUGUGCUUGUGUCGCAAAGCGUGAAAGCCGCGUGUCAUUUUUGAUGAAAAUUUCUUGUUAAUUUCGUUAUCUUAAAGUGACAUUUGAAUAAAUUUGGUGAAAAACAUCAGAGUCAUACUCUUCCAAACUCAUAAAUAAUUUUUAGGCUGGUCCUUCAAAACUGUGUCCGUGAAACAUGUUUUUGGGUUAGCAUUCCGCCAUCUUUGCCAAAUUUUAACCUUUGAUAUCUAAAAAGAAGUGUACUGUGUACUGCGGAAAGAGAAUCUGAGUGAAUCGAACAUAUAACAAUCAGCUAUACCAGAUAAGCUUUCAGAACAUGACUCAACUGCAAUUAGGACUUCUGUGAUAAAAUAAGUGUAGUGAUGUGUUGAUCAACAGAGAAACCUAUUAUGCAGAUAAAGGACGGUCCGUGGUGGCUGCAGUGAAGGGCUCGAUCCCAAAGGCUGAGAUGAGUGGAAAUCCUAAACAAAGCGCUGCUGGAGGGCAACAGAUUCGAUAUCCAACAACAUAUCAGCCUAUGCAGCAACCAUUGCCGCCGAGAGAUAACUUCCUACAAAAUCAAAAUUAUGUUCAACAACCAAAUCAAGCUUCUUCCCAGGGAGUUGGAUUGAGAGGCAUUGCUCAAACAGGGCCUCCUAACCAAGCACCCACACCGCCUAACCAGGACAUAAAGGUCCAGGCAGUGCCUCAACAAGCCCCUAUGAGUAUAUAUCCACAACAAAAUACAGCACGAUCUGCACAACAGUUCUAUAACAGACCAACAGGACCUCCUAACCAAAAUGCUAGAAUGGCUAACAAUCCACAAAGAAUAUAUCAAAACUCUCCACAUCAAUUCAUGCAAGUACCUCCAAUGGCUUCAAAUGUAUACAUAAGUCCAUUUGGUAUCUAUAAUCCACCACAACAAAGGCAAAAUUAUGUACAACCACAAGUUGCUCUACUCCAAAGCCAGCAUUACCCAGCCUACCAGCCUUUCACGCAACCACAACUCUCUCAAACUCCCCAGAGUGUGGCAUACCAAUAUUUUCAAAUUGCAAGACCAGGACCACCACCUCAACCAGCAUCAAACCUAUCGAAUCCCAAUCAAGCCCCUAUAGCUUCGUCAAUGCCUUUACCACAGCCUGUCAUUCCCCAAGCAACGAUGCCCCGACAACAUAAGCAGAGAAGGCCAAAUGCAAUUUCAAUUAUAGAUCCUAGUACGGGUAGAGAUCAGUUAGAUGAAAUGUUUCAACAAGACAAUUCUCAUCCUCCAUCAGGUGAGUCAUCUGCAAGACAAACACCUCAACCACCUACGCAUAAUCAACACAAAGAUAUGAUGAGUUCACUGCCACCUUUCAAUAAACCAGUGUCAUGUUUGACAAAUGAGGGUGAAUUAAUAACAGUGGAAUUCGAGGUAGUAACUGCAUCAUCGGAAGGGGCGGAAGAAUUUCAUGAUCUGUACUCUCUCAUGCCACAGCAGCCUCCAUCAUCCCGUAGUAAUGCUAAAUUUGAUUAUAUAGCUCAAACAAGUAACUUGAAGGCCCAUGCCAAGGAAUUCGUAUUACCUUCAGCCAAAGAACCUCCAGUCGUCUCAGCGAAUUGCGACUCAGUUGAGGUAACACUCAACAAACUCCAAAAAGGUAGAGAAAGUCCUGUUAGAGCGAGAAAAGUCAAAGAAGUCCAUGAGAAAGUGUUCAAAGAUAGUUAUGAGGUGCCUGAAAAGACAUAUCAAUCCGAAAAACAACAAACCGUCAUUGCGAAGGAAGAAUCAGAGCCUCCUGUUUCAAACACUAAGGAGACCUUAGCAGCCAAUAUUAAUCAACAUAGUUCCAAAGUAACAGAAAAAGAAAGCGAUAAACGAAAAAAAGAUUUCAAAUCGGAUAACAAGCAAACAUCUGAAAUUAGUCCAAAUGAUAAUACCAAACAGGCUAAUCAGGAACAUGAUACAGUAGCUGUUGUCUCCAAAUCAAAACAGAACUCCAGUCAGAAGAAGGAUAACCAUAAGAAUAAUAAUCAAAGACCAAAUGUCCCUUCCCCUCAGCCAGCUAAAUCGAGUAGUAAAACAAUCAAGAAAAAUGAGAUUAAUUCUAAAGGCGCCAGCAAGGAAGGCAACGACAUGGAUGUCUUUCAAAUCUCAGAUACCGCAAAUGCAAAUACACCAUCGCCAAUUACCUCAACUACUACAACAAAUCAAACUGAUUUUAUGAAUGCUAAUACUACCAUUAAAAAUAAUGUGACUACUACUGUGAAUGACCAAAAUGAUGCUGCUAACGACAAUGCAGCUAAAGCUGAGAGCAAUCAAAGUGCUCCAGCCAAACCUACUUUCGAAGUUAAAACUACCCAAAAGAAAUGGGAGGUGACCAAUGUAUUCAUGGGUAGAUUCCCUGGACCCUCACCCUAUGUACCCUCGUUGACUGAAAAUAAUAACCAAGAUGAAACCGAUAGAGCUGUCGUUACUAAUGACAGAGCUGUUACAGCUGUAAAUGAAAAUUCUGUUCCUGUUCCCACUCAAGUUGCAGAUAAAAAGUCUCAACUCCCUUACAAACAAGGACAAUGGUCUCCUUUCAAUUUAGAUGGAAACAAGAAAUAUGAUAGGGAAUUUCUUAUGGCAAUUAGAGAUCUUCCUACUGCAAGAGUGAAACCUCCGAACCUUCCUGAAACCUUGGAGUAUUCAGAAGCAGCGCGACAGCGAGCCAUGGACAAUCGCGAUAAUCGUUCCUCGAAUAUGAUGGGCAAAGAUUUUACCGCUCCCCCAUUUAUGCCUUUCGGUGGAAAGAAUUCUUCAAUGAAGGGAUCUACCAUAACGAAGCAUCCCAGCUUGAGUGGAAAGCUAGGUAAUAAAGGAGGCAAAUCAGUCAAUGGGGGUAAUAAAAUUUCCAUAUCAUUACGAGAGGACAUCAAACUCCAUGAAACAGAAAAUGCUUGGAAGCCUGGCCGCUUAGCCAAGUCUGAAAAUAAAUCUGAAGAAGAGCGUAAAACUGAAGAAUUGUACAAAAAAGUAAGAGGUGUUCUCAAUAAAUUGACCCCCCAAAAAUUCGACACGCUUCUAAAUCAAAUUAAAGCUCUCAAAGUGGAUAAUUUUGAAAGAUUACAAGGGGUCAUAAAUUUGGUUUUCGAGAAAGCUAUCGAUGAGCCUAACUUUGCUGUCGCUUAUGCAAAAAUGUGUAUGGAAGUUGGUCUGAUGCAGGUAACUAAAAUAAAUGAUGAUGGAAAAGAAGAAUUGGUGAACUUCCGUAAGCUUCUUAUAACUCGCUGUCAAGAGGAAUUUGAGAAGCAAUCUAGAGAUGAGUCUAAAACGGAAGAUAAAAUUAAAGAAAUUCAACAAUGUCAGGAUCCUGACAAAAAAAAAGAACUUGAGGAGGAAUUAGAAGAAACUAGGAGAAGAAUUCGUAUGAGAUCCGUGGGUAAUGUGAGAUUUAUCGGGGAGCUUUUCAAGAUAAACAUGUUAACAGUAAAUAUAAUGACUGUUUGUAUGAGUGUAUUACUUACACAUAAAGAUGAAGAAAGUUUAGAAUGUCUAUGUAGGUUGCUUACUACAAUAGGCAGAAAGCUUGAAGAAAGUAAAGACAUUUCAAGCUACUUUGAUACAAUGCAGAAAAUUGUAGAUGGUAAAGAAGUUAGCAGUCGUAUCAGAUUUAUGCUGCAGGAUGUCAUAGAUCUUAGGAAAAACAAAUGGGUGCCACGUCGUCAAGAUGCUGGUCCUAAAACAAUUGAUCAAAUAGCGAGGGAUGUUGCAACUGAGCAACUGAACUCUCAAAUUAUGAAUUCUGUUCCUAGCACUCCCCGUAGAGAUGAUAGAGAAAUGGGUAGAAGUAAAAUGCGUAACAAUCAAGAUGAAUGGAAUAGUCAUCAAAAGCCGUCAUUUUUGACUGUAAACAAGGACAAGCUGAAGCAUGGUUUAACUGAGAACGAGACAUUAGGACAGUCGGCCAUGUUUCAAAAAUGGAACAAAGGUUCCACCUUUAAACCUGCGCCAGUCUCGAACCAACAUGUUACUAAUACAUCUAACAGAUUUUCUUGUUUGGAAAAUACUCAUUUGAUGGAAAAUGAUAAGAAGAUUUCUGGUGGUAAUGGCGGUGGUAGAUACAAAGAUUCAGCAUACAAUUCCAAGGGAUCAAGCUUGGAACGUGGUAGCUAUGGCAGACAUAAUUAUGACAGCAGAGGAGGUUCUCGAUCAGGUUCUCAGCAUAGAAUGAAUGAUGGUGCUGGUCCAUCAGGGGUUAAUAUUCCAGGACCUAAUUUGAUGAUAUCACGUAGCUCCGCUCCUCCUCAGACUAUACCUAAAUCACCUACACCUCCUCCUACUGUAGUUGCUAACAAAAUGACUGAAGAUCAGUUGAAGAGAUACUGCAAAAACUGCUGUGAUGAAUAUAUCAAUGAUAAUUGCACAUUUGAAGAAUGUGAGAGUGACAUUAGAUCAAAUGUUCCCCCAACAUAUAUGGCCACAAUGGUUUCCGAUGCCAUUUUGGAUGUAUUAGAAACAUCUAAGGCGCCACGAAUGAAAUUAGGUCUUUUACUGGGAAAACUCUUAGUUAAUGGCACAGUGCCAUUACAGGAAUUAUGUAAAGCUCUGAAGGAUAUCUUCAGAGAAGUCGAAGAUCUUAUCAUUGAUAUUCCUACGAUAUUCACUUGCCUUGCUGAAAUUUUGGUGCCUAUCAUCAUUGAGGGAUCUUUGCCUCUAACAGAUUUACAAAGAAGUUGUAGUUUACUGGCUGAGAAUGCAAUGGGCGAAAAAAUGUUACUAGCUCUAUUCAAACUCAUUGUGUGUGAAAAGGGCCCUAAUUACUUAAAAGAGCUAUGGCAGUCGUCAAAUUUGAAAUUGACUGAUUUCAUGCCAGAAAACUGUGCAGAAAACUUCAUUCAAGCUAAUCAAUUGGAAUUCCUUAUGGGCGGGACACCCGUACAAGGCAACUCUGAACUAAAUUAUGAACAAAUAGAAAAGAAACUUCUUGAAUUCUUCAAUUCAAAUACUCCAUUUGAUGAUAUCUGUAUGUGGAUUACGGCAAAUGUUGGUAAAAAAGUGAAAGAAAACACUUUCAUCAGAACCUUAGCUACAGCCAUCUAUAAAUAUUCUAUUGUUCGGACUAAACUUAACACGGAACGCUUAAGCAAACAAUGCAAACUAUUCAACAAGUAUGUAGAUAACAAUCCAACAUAUGAACUACAAUGCUUGUAUGCAUUACAGUCUCUGGUUAACCAUUUGGAACAUCCACAAGGUUUAUUGUUAUCGAUCCUAAACAAAUUGAGUGAAGACUCAAUUUUUGCACAAGAAAGUUUCUUAUCCUGGGAAAGCAGUAAAGACCCAGCUGAGCAAGAAGGCAAAGGUGUUGCUUUGAAUCAACUUCGCGCCUUUUUCACACAAUUGAAAGAAAAUGAUGAUGAUGACGAUGAUUACGUGUCCACUGGUUCAGAUGAAGCUUAGCAGUUUAUGGCAGUGACAGUGGCCGCUUCGAAUUAGUGCUACGCGAGUUGAAAUUAAAUUGCAAGUGACAUUCGAGUGAUUUAAAAUGCUGGUGACUUUUCUAAAACUUAGAUAAAAAAUUUAUACUGUUUAUAUUAUAUAUACAAAUUUAACAUUGUAAGAUAUGCGCCAUUGCUGACAUGGUUAUAUAAAAAUAGUACGGGCUAUAAAGUGGAUAUUCUUUAAGUGCCCUCAUGAUCUUAUGGACCUAAAAAAUUUAAGUAGUAAGUGAUUGUAUGAAGUGAGAGAGACAUUGAUUAUUCACACUUUUUAAACUAAAAUUUCAUUCAGAAAAUACCCAGCGGGCAAUGGAAAUAUUUUAUACCAAUUAUUGUCUCAUUAUUUAUAUACAUUUUAUAUCUCUAUUUGAUGAUUUCUUUUUUUUAUUGUUCAUAUCAAAUUUUCCAAAAGUGAGCUGCUUUUUCAGUUUUUUCAAAAUUCAUAGAAUCAUAAUGAAAUUUCAAUCAAAUUUUCUACCAAGCAAUGUUAUUGGAUGAACUAUUUCCGAUUCAUUGCAGUUGAAUAUAUCCCAACAUCUUUAUACCUUCAAAAGUGUUCUUUAUUUCUUCUAUUUGAAGUAGCUCAGUUUUGAAAAACCCAGAAACAUUUUUUAAUGAUGCAAUCCUUAAAACAUAGCCCGCUGGGCCUGAUAUACUCCCGGACAAAUUUUAUCUAGUCGGACCGGGACGACUAAUACCAUGUUUUAUGUUUGUUGAAAAUUUGUUACAGCAUCAUUAUGUUAAGUUAUAUAUAUACAUAUUAUAGGUAUAAUUGUUCUGUAUAAUAAAAUAUACAGUUGCACAUUUCAGUUUUGGAUUUUGGUCAUAUCUUAGUAUUUCAAUUCGAUAGAAACAAAAAUUUCUUUCUUCAUAUAAUUGAAUCUAAAAGUAGUGGAGAAAUGUUUUUUAUUCAGUUUUUGUUUUGUUUUUUGGUCACAAUAUUCAAUCAAGGUUUGACCAAAGGUAAUAUCGUCUAAUUACACUAUAUUAAUUUCCAUCCAAAAUACAACAAAUUAGAUUGAUUUUGUAAAUGAAACUUACGUUUUUCAUACUGAAAUAAAAAGAUUACUAUCGAUGUUUUAAUCUUAAAAUUUGAUAGCGUUUGUUUUGAUAUCACUUGAAAUGCUAUUGAGAAUAUUUCCCACUACUUCCACAUUUUAUUUUCACAUAAUUUCAACGAAAGCUUCACCACUUGCCACAUCUUGGCAAUUUUCUGUGGUAUAAGUUGAUAUGUGAUCAAACAAUAUUAUCUGAAACUGCUUUUUGCAGCUGUCUAGUCCCGUCUUCGGUUUUUCGAAAUAUUGUAUAUAUUUUUUAUUUUCACAAAACAUAUACAGUAUUUUUCUGACCAUACAUGUAUAUAAAACCUAUAAAAAAAAAAUACGAAAACUAAUUAUCGCCAUAUUUCUGGUUAUAAAUCUACUAAAAUGCCGCCGUUUACGGAAUGUAAUUCGAAGUGAAUUUUAUAGAACCUGUCGCUUUGGUGCAGUUUAUCUGUGAUAAAUCUACAUUAUUUGCGACGAGCGGAGAUAAUAGUUUGAAAUGAUCCCGAAGCAGGCAGUCAUAAUAAUCAAGUAAUUGAGGAUCAACAUUACUACUAUGCAAUCUUAAUUAUGACUGAUAGUUAAAGUCUUCCUGACUUUUUUACCCUAACAAAUCUUGACAUCAAAUCUGUGGAAACUUUUGUUUAGAAUAAUUCUUAGAUAGCUUUCAAGUUAAGGAAUGAAUUUCUUUCAGGUGCGAGUAAGUUGGCGGUAUUUAAUUAUUUUUGCAAUAAAUAACUUAAUUUUUAAUCAAUAUUGUUCACAUGGCAAUUUGGUUCAUGAAGAAUAUUUGUAAUAUAUUACAUUAUUAUUUGAGUUCAUUCGCCUAGAACUAUCAUGUUCAUGCAUACAAUGUUAGAACUACUGAAUAUUUUGUUUUGAGAAGAAUCCGAUUAUGAUGAUGUCUUUGAGUGGCUGUGAUUUUAGUAAUUUUUCCAGAAUAUAUGGCUCUAUUGUAUCUUAUUAUUUGAAUUGAAGGUGACAGUCCGCUGAAUCGCUAUUUAUAAUUGUAUCUUUAAUUUUUAAAUAAUUUGUAAUAUACAGAAUUGUCUGCGAAUUACAAGGACUUUGAACUUGAGCUGCUAAAAUUUUCAGAAUCCUGAUUUUGUGAGGUGGAGUUCAAGGAAUGAUAAAAAUGAUUUGAUUAUGAUUGAUUGGUUUCCCACAAUGUUGCAACAGAUUCUGCCAAACUGUUAUAGAACAUUUAUAUUACCAACAAGAAAUUAAAAACAAAAAUUGCCAACACAAAA